UUUGAGUUUUCAACAUGUCCUUCGACUUGACGACCCACAGUCAUGUUCUGUUUGACCCAUGCCGCAUGUUCAUGAUGAGUCGGGACCAUGAAAUUCCUUUCGUUCAGCUUUUCUUCUUUUUUGGGGGGGCUGCUGUCAUGUGUUUUCUUGGUCUUUAUCCUUGAGAGCUUGCACGGAAAUCAUUUACUGACCCAGAGCUGCUUUUUAGUUACGCAACAUCUCCCAUUCUCAUGAGUCCUUCUGAUUCAUGCUCUGAAACCUUCUCCCCUGCAUCCGGAUCCCUCUAUUCACACUCUCCGGGUUUACCUUACGAUAGAAUGUCGGAUUUCAGGUCGCAUCGGGUGCCUCCUCUGCAACCACCGACGGGGGUCUCGCCUACAGGGCAAUCACAUGGGAAUACGUCUCUACUAGGGAGAAAUGACAACUAUCCGGGGGCAUACGCCAUUCACAGAAGUGCAUUUCCAUCCCUGUCCAGUUUGAGUGAUCUCUCCCGAGUAUCGCCAUAUACAAGCACCCCUCGAGGCCUCGAUUGUACGAUUGAUCGUUCCCAAAAUGUAAUGUUCAGCCCAUCUGGGAGUAUGUUUAUGGACCCUGGACAACGCCUGCCCCAGCCGAUAUCCGAUGCACCUCCCUUUCAUGAUACGAAUAUCCUCCAUCACAUUAUUUCCGGGAACCAGAUGAUUAAGCCUGAAAUCCAAGCCAAAAUGCACAAAGGAUUUUUCCAAGUUGACGAAAAGUGGACCUGUUAUAGACGAAAUUAUUUCGCUGUAUCUUGUUCAUUUUCUUUUCAUCCUUGGUCUUGUGGUCCUUUCUACCUCAAAUAUUCAGAGCAAGCGAGUGAACAAGUUCGGCAGUUCGCUAUGUCAAUAUCGGCAAUUGUGAACGCGCAGUAUGGGGAAGUCCGAGAAUUGGUCCAACACACACCAAAGCGGGAUAAGCAAUCAGAAAGAAAACCCGGGAAAAUCAUAAUGCAGCCCUGUCAGCCAUCGGCGGUAAUUCUGAGCCACGGGUCAGCUACCAACAGCGGCCAGCCCGGAUUUUCAUUAAUGUCUCAGUCCGGUGGAAUGCCGGUCGACUAUAAUUCCUCAUACAACGGUGCGCCACAGUCAUCGCUGCCUCCGAGUCAACAUACAUUCGAGCGCAUUCAGUUCCAAAAAGCAACGGCAAAUAAUGGGAAACGGCGGGCUCAGCAACAGUACUACAAUCUGGUUGUUGAGCUCUUUGCGGAGAUCAGCCCAGUUGGAAGUAGUGAAAGUCAGUGGAUUAAAAUCGCCCGAAGGCUCUCGCAUCCAAUGGUUGUGCGAGGACGCUCUCCAGGCCAUUACAAAGAUGGUCGACGGGAUAGCUCGACCAGCAUGGGCCCAGACGGGGGAAAUGGAGGCUCUGGGGAUGGCAGUGGAGGGGCUGUCUUACCUCCUGGCCUCGGGCAAACGACACGGUCUCACCUUGGCUUGAUGCCGUACGACUCAUCGCAGCGCGGGGGCCCUAGCUACGGCAGAAACGACUACCAUCAUAUGGGAGCCGCAGAUCAUUCGCCUCUGAGUGAGAGUCCGCAUAUAUCGUCGUCGGCAUCGUCCAACUUUGAUAUCGGCAUUCUGAAUGACUCCAUGAACCCAAUCGACUCUCUGAAAAACACCUCCAGCAUGGAUUCCUACCAGGAUCCAAGUUUUGGCCUUGUUGACAGCAAGAAAGAAGGCCCCUACCAGCACCAUCUACCACCCUUCGAAUACGACCCGAUCUCUAAGGAUAGCGAGGAUUCCGGAACGAGUUUUCCGGGGGCAUACAAUUCCAUGGUGUCUAUGCUCCCGCACGAACACGGGGAGUCUUCGCAUUUUCUAAAACAACCUACACGAAUGGCAUCGCAAGGAUAUCAUCCCGGUCCCGGCGGCUACGAUUCGAUUUACUCCACCAGCUCGAGGAGUGCCAGUAGUUCAUAUUAUCGAAUUCCAAAUUCUCAGGGUCUCUGUGCGUAGCAGAUUUACUCUAUCGCCCUU